CUACAACCUGCUCUUCCUCAUUCUCACCUACAUUCUGCCGCUGAUGACGAUGGGCAUUGCGUACACCUUGAUGGCGCGUGUCCUCUGGGGCAGCAAGCAGAUCGGCGAAUCGACGCAGGCACAGAUGAACCUCAUCUGCUCCAAGCAAAAGGUCGUCCGAAUGCUUAUUUGUGGUAAAUGGCCCUGGCUGGUGAACUCCAAGGCGACGCAGCACAUCUAUCUGGCCAUCUACUGGCUGGCCAUGAGUAACUCGAUGCUCAAUCCAAUCAUUCUACUGCUGAUGAACCGGCGUUUCCGUCGGUACAGCACCAAAUUCCUCAACUGCUGGCCCUUCACGCAGAUCUUUCCCUGCAUUUCCGCCGCUCAGCAGUCCCUUCCUUCGGAGGCCUGCAACACCGCCAUUGUCACGCACGGGCCCAAUCAUCAGGAAACGCAGACGGUGCUUCUCUGCAAUGGCCUCCAAGAUGGCUCGGGGGCAGGAGUGGCCGGUGAAGGGGAGGAGGAGGACAUGCCUGAGGCGGAGGGCAAGACAAUGUACGACAAUGGAGGGGACAGCAGCAAUGGCGAGCAAAAGCACCUCAACCACAGCAACAGCCACAACAACAGUCACAACCACCAGCACUACCAGAAUCAUCAUCAUCACCACCACCACCACCACCGUAAUGGCUACUCGCUGAGAAAGGACUCCAGUCAGAAGAGCACUCGACCAUUGGUCGCCUCAAUGUCAAUUCGUUACUCUCCCUGA